UCUCAUCGUGCAUUUUUGUGUACAGCACGUGUCCGAUUCAUAUCAACACCCGCACCUCAAAUGAAAAUGACUAAGAACAUUGUUCUCCGUAGACACAACGAUAUCGUUAAAAGCACUGAAGAUCAGCGACAGUAUCGAGGACUAGAGCUCACAAAUGGCCUCAAGGUAUUGCUGGUAUCCGACCCAACGACAGAUAAAUCUGCUGCCGCACUGGAUGUUAAUGCCGGUCAUCUCAUGGAUCCAUGGGAACUGCCAGGCACAGCUCAUUUCUGCGAACAUAUGUUAUUUCUAGGUACCGAUAAAUACCCAUCAGAGAACGAGUACAGUAAGUUCAUUUCUGCUCAUGCCGGUACCACAAAUGCGUAUACGGCGGCCGAUCACACAAAUUACCAUUUUGAUGUGAAGCCAGAUCAGUUAGAGGGAGCUUUAGAUCGUUUUGUACAAUUCUUUUUGGCCCCACAAUUCACAGAAAGUGCCACUGAAAGAGAGGUGUGUGCGGUUGACUCGGAACAUUCGAAUAAUCUGAAGAAUGAUGGAUGGCGCAAGUUGCAAGUAGAACGGUUCCUAUCCAAGCCAGGCCAUGACUAUGGAAAGUUCGGUACGGGAAGUAAGAAAACGUUGAUGGAUGAUGCCCGCAAGAAUGGAAUCGAACCAAGGGAAGCAUUGUUGAAGUUCCACAAGCAGUGGUAUAGCUCUAAUAUCAUGUCGCUGUGCAUUGUUGGGUCAGAGUCGUUGGAUGAAAUGGAAGCUUAUCUUGGCACGUUGGGCUUCGAUGCUAUCGAAAAUAAGCAAGUUAAACCAAUGAAAUGGUUGGAAAGUCCUUAUGGACGGGAGCAGUUAGGUAGACGUAUUGAGAUUGUGCCCAUCAAAGACACACGAAGUCUAACGAUUCGGUUCCCAAUCCCGGACUUGCAAGAAGAGUACAAAUCGAAUCCAUCACAUUAUAUCUCUCAUUUGCUCGGACAUGAAGGAAAGGGCUCCUUGCUAUCAGAACUGAAGCGUUUAGGAUGGGUUAGCUCACUUUCGGCUGGAGAAUCCACUCUGGCAAAAGGAAUGAGCACAUUUGAUAUUCAUGUUGAUCUUAGCGUUGAUGGCCUUAAUCAUACGGAAGAUAUAGUCAGCCUUGUAUUCAACUAUAUUGGUCUAUUAAAACGUACUGGUGCCGCUAAAUGGGUUCAAGAUGAGCUUAGUGAAUUAGGAGAGCUCAAAUUUAGGUUUAAGGACAAAGAAAAUCCGUUGAGUUUGGCUACGAAGCUAGCUUCGGAGUUAAAGCUUGUACCAUUCAAAGAUAUUUUAUCAUGGCACUAUUUGUUGACGGAAUUUAAACCUGGUAUGUUGACGCGGUCAGGACGAAUCAUGGAGAUUCUUGACAUGUUGAUUCCGCAGAAUAUGUUUUAUAUGGUGAUUUCGAAGAACUUCAGCGGUCAGGAAGGAAACACUGAAGAGCCGGUCUAUGGAACCGAGAUGAGAAUCAGUAGCAUCAAUGAGGGUACGAUGAACCGGUUCCAAGCGGCUAUAGAGACGGUCCAUCCUGCUCUACAUAUGCCGGAGAAAAACGAGUAUAUACCAACCAAAUUUGAUCAGAAGCCUCGAGAAGCAGUGAAAAGUGAACACCCACGAGUCAUAUAUGAUGAUGUAUGGUGUCGUAUUUGGUUCAAGCAGGAUGAUGAGUACAAACUACCGAAAAUGGUUACCAAGUUGUCUGUCACUGCUCCGAUAAUCGCUGCUGAUCCGAGAUCGACGAUGCUGUCGUCCAUGUUUCUGUGGUGUUUGAAUGAUGCCCUGACGGAGGAAACCUACAACGCUGAACUGGCAGGUCUGAAGUGUGAACUUGAGCUAGGAACCUUUGGAACAAAUCUAAAAGUGACAGGGUAUGACGAGAAGCAACCGUUGUUUGUAGAACACCUAGUCAAGCGGAUGACCGACUUCAAGCCAGGUCGGUUGAAAGUUGGCUAUUGA